UUCACCUCUACUGACGGCGCUGAUCUUUGCCGUCAGAUUCUACAAGGAUGUAUGCCUCACGACACGCAUGACUUCCAACUAUCAGCAAUCACUCAUCUACUCGACGGACAAGAUGUACUCAUGUGUACCGCUACAGGUACAGGCAAGACUGAUACUUUCAUACGGCUCAUGCACAUUGUCUUGGCCAUAUCCGAAAACCCCAGCCUUGCACCUGGUACCAAAUUUCCACGACAUCCUGCUAUGGUUGUGGUCUGUCCAACAAAAGUUCUCGAGGAGGAGAUGGCAGAAAAGAUGAUCAAAGCAGGACUCACCGCCCUCGCUAUCAACGCCGACACGCUCGAUAUGGCUCGAAAGAAGGCAUUGAACUUGUUCAAGGAAGCUCUUGAAGGGUAUCAUGUUCUGCUCGUAUCACCAGAGCUAUUAAAGUCAUCUGGAUUUGCCGGUGUCUUAGAUAGUCCGAAAUUCAGUUCACGGAUAUGCAUGCUAGCAGUUGACGAGGUUCACCUUGUCGUGACCUGGGGAAAGUCCUUUCGAAAAGAUUACGAGCAGAUCGGUGUCGUCCGUUCACGGCUGCGAAACAUAGUGCCAAUGAUUGGUGUGUCCGCCACUGUCCGCACAGGUGCAACAACCCAACGAAUCCUUGAAGUCUUGGGGUUUCAAGAGGGUCAAUAUCACAUCCUUCGACGAUCCAAUUUGCGACAUGACAUACACAUUAUAUUUCGAACCAUGCGUUCGAGCAUCGGUGGCAUCAAAUUUCCCGAACUCAACUGGGUGCUCGCAGACCGUCGCAAAAAGGUCAUUUUCUGCAAUACCAUUCAUUUUGGCUUCCGCGUCCAAUCACAUCUCUUCAGACUGCCCGAGGCUGGACCACAUCGUGCCAAACGCAUACGCAUGUUCAAUGCCCUGAAUUGGAAGACAUAUAAUGAUCAAACCUUGAAGAUGUUCCGAGAUGGCGAUCCUGACGCACAAAUCAUCAUUGCCACCGCGAUUUUCUCUGUCGGCAUGGAUGCGCCAGCCUUCGAUGACAUCAUAGCAUUUGGGGAGCCGGUUGAUGUAGAACAGUGGCUGCAACAAGGCGGGAGGAUUAGACCGAGAGAGGGAGCAAAUGAUCCACGCUACAUCACCUAUGUUACCGCUGGUGCUGUAGCUGCAGCCGAAGGCAUGGUCCAGGGUCCUGGAAGCGAUGCGAAGACCAGUAUGGAUCCUGCAAUGGCAUCAAUAAUCCUCGCAGACUGCAAGAUAAACCAACUCGACAAAAUCUUCGGUAACCCACAAGAUGACCCACCAUGCUCAUGUACAACCUGUCAAAUACAUCCGUCUCCAACUCGCUCAUCACCGUGUAGUUGUUCGGGCCCUUCAUGUCAACCAGAG